CCACUCAACUCGCCCGGUUGCUUUGAAGAAAGAAGAGUAGAAGAUAAAGAGUAGAAAUACAUCAUGUCGGAGAUACUAGACCUCUCUUUUCUGUCUGAUAUGGAAAGGGAUUUGAUCCUCGGUGUUCUGCAGAGAGAUGAGGAACUCAGAAAAGCAGAUGAGAAAAGGAUUAGGCGACUGAAGAAUGAGCUCCUGGAGAUAAAACGGAAAGGUGCCAAAAGGGGCAGCCAACACUACAGUGAUCGAACCUGUGCCCGGUGCCAGGAGGGCCUGGGCCGUUUGAUUUCCAAGAGCAACACCUGUGUGGGCUGCAAUCAUUUAGUGUGUCGAGAAUGCCGCGUGCUAGAAAAUAAUGGUUCCUGGAGGUGCAAGGUGUGCGCCAAGGAAAUAGAGCUGAAGAAAGCAACUGGAGAUUGGUUUUAUGACCAGAAAGUAAACCGCUUUGCAUACCGAACAGGCAGUGAGAUAAUCAGGAUGUCCCUGCGCAGGAAGCCUGCAGCAAGCAAAAGAGAGCCAGUGGGUCAGUCCCUCCUUCAGCAGACACAGAUGGGUGAGAUCUGGCCAGGAAGAAAGAGCAUUCAGGAACAACAGAGGGAACCCAGUGUGCCGUUCGAGGUGCCAAAGCUGAAAAGUGGAAAGAGCACGCUGGAGGCUGAGAGCGAGAGUCUGGAUAGCUACACAGCUGACUCGGAUAGCACCUCCAGGCGAGAUUCUCUGGAUAAAUCUGGACUCUUCCCAGAAUGGAAGAAGAUGUCUGCUCCCAAAUCUCAAGUCGAAAAGGAAGUUCAGCCAGGGAGCCAAAAUGCAGUCUGUGUUGACGAGGGUGACAUGAUAUUCAAGAAGAACACCAGAAAAAUCCUGCGGCCUUCAGAAUACACUAAGUCUGUAAUAGACCUUCGCCCAGAAGAUGUGGCACAAGAAAGUGGCAUCUUGGGAGACAGGAGCAAAUCUGUACCAGGCCUCAGUGCAGAUAUGGAAGAAGAGGAGGAGGAAGAAGAAGAGGACAUUGACCAUCUGGUGAAGUUGCAUCGCCAGAAACUAGCCAGAGGCAGCAUGCAAAGUGGCUCCUCCAUGAGUACCAUUGGCAGCAUGAUGAGUAUCUAUAGUGAAGCUGGUGAUUUUGGGAACGUCUCUGUGACUGGCAAGAUUGUCUUUUCUCUAAAGUUUGAGCAGAAAACACAGACUCUGGUCAUCCAUGUAAAGGAGUGCCACCAGCUGGCCUAUGCUGAUGAAGCAAAGAAGCGUUCUAACCCAUAUGUGAAGACUUAUCUUCUGCCGGAUAAGUCCCGCCAAGGAAAAAGAAAAACCAGCAUCAAGCGGGACACCAUCAAUCCACUCUAUGAUGAGACCUUUAGGUAUGAGAUUUCAGAAUCUCUUCUGGCACAGAGGACUUUGCAGUUCUCUGUUUGGCAUCACGGUCGUUUUGGCAGAAACACUUUCCUUGGAGAGGCGGAGGUCCACAUGGACUCUUGGAAGCUGGAUAAGAAGCUGGAUCAUUGCCUCCCUUUACACGGAAAGAUCAGUGCUGAGUCCUCACCUGGCUUGCCAGCACACAAAGGCGAGUUGGUGGUUUCAUUGAAAUACAUCCCAGCCUCCAAACUCCCUGUUGGAGGUGACCGGAAAAAGAGUAAAGGUGGGGAAGGGGGAGAACUCCAGGUGUGGAUCAAAGAAGCCAAGAACCUGACGGCUGCCAAAUCAGGAGGGACUUCAGACAGCUUUGUCAAGGGAUACCUCCUUCCCAUGAGGAACAAGGCCAGUAAGCGUAAAACUCCUGUGAUGAAGAAGACCCUGAAUCCCCACUACAACCAUACAUUUGUCUACAAUGGUGUGAGGCUGGAAGAUCUACAACACAUGUGCCUGGAACUGACUCUAUGGGACCGGGAGCCCCUGGCCAGCAAUGACUUCCUGGGAGGGGUCAGGCUGGGUGUUGGCACUGGUGAGACUCUCUCCCCCAUCCAAUCAUCACUUGUCUUAGAGGCCUCUUGUCUAUCUUACUCUUCCUUCCUUCCUCUUCCUACCUCUCGUGCUCCAGGAUAUACAAAGAUCUUUUCUGACAGAAAAUUUCCUCCUUUAUAUAAACAUCCAACAAGUACCUCCUGAGUGCCUGCUACCUGCUAGGCCUAAGGGAGGGCUGAACUCCUACAGUGUUCUAUGUAUAGAAAGGUGACCCUGAAAGCCAGGGACUUCAUCAUCUUCCCACAAAAGAAGAUAUAAAAACUACCUAAAUACCUGACUUGUGAUUCCUACCUUCUAUCUUGAUAUAGUGAGAAGGGUCCUUUGCCAGGAAAUCCUUGCUCUCCAAGGAUUCUACACUUACCCCUCACUUCUCAGUGGCUCUUUGUCUAUAAUCUCUGUUUCUCCUGUAUGAUCAAUUUCAUUUGAUUGACUAUUGAAGGGGAAUACACAUGUGCUCUGAUGAUGCCAAUCUCUUUGUUUAUUUCUUUCUUUGUUAAUUGAGACAGGGUCUCAUGUAGCCCAGAUUGGCCUCAAACUCCUGAUACUCUUUAUUUCUACCUCUCAAGUGCUCAGAUAAUAGACAUGCACCAACAUGCUCAGGCCUAUUUUUAUUAAAUAAGAAGUAAAUCUUCUAUUGACCACAUGCCCACCCCCCAUUCUAAAAGGAAUGAUCUCUAUUUCCUGGCCUUUCCUUCAAUUCUCAGCCCAUUGUGAUAUGGCUUCUAUUCUUCUACUCUUCUGAGUCAUUAUUCAUGAAAAAGUGAGGUUAUUAUCUCUCUAGAAUUCCCAAGCACUAUUUAAUAGAGCAGAUUACUCUCUUUUUCUUGAAAUUCUUACCACUUAUUGCCUUCUUGACUCUGUUUUACUCCAUU